AAUUCAAACGUUAGUUAUUCUGACAAUUGAUAUCUGUGAUUUGAGAACUAAUAUGAACUACGAAUCAGCAUGUUCGUCGGAACAGAACGGUCAACUGCCGCCGGCGACUUCUUCAGUAUCGGCGGGAUCAUGUUCUUCUUCCAACUGCAUGGCGGCGCAAUAUUCGGACGAGGAUGUUUUGGUGUUGGCGGCGACGAGGAAGCCGAAGAGGCCGGCGGGGAGGAAGAAGUUCAAGGAGACGAGGCACCCGGUGUACAGGGGAGUGCGGCGGAGGGGGAAUGGGAAAUGGGUUUGCGAGCUCCGGGAGCCGAUCAAGCAGAAGAGGAUAUGGGUGGGAAGUUAUCCUACUCCGGAAAUGGCGGCCCGAGCUCAUGACGUGGCGGCAUUGGCGUUAAGAGGCGAGUUGGCAACGCUGAAUUUCGCCGAUUCCGUGUGGCGGCUGCCGGUGCCGGUGUCGAAGGACGCUAAGGAUAUCCGGCGAGCGGCGGUGAUGGCCGCCGAGGGGUUCAGGGAGACGAAAGUGGAGGAGGAAGUGGAAAGCAAAUUGAGAGUAGAUGUUUCUAACAUUGACGAUGAAGCGUGGAUGGCGUCUCCGGUGGCCGGAGAGGAGAUGGGGGUGGACGGAAUCAUUGAAAAGAUGGCGGAGGCGGUGCUGUACUCGCCGGCAUGCAUGCAACUGGGGAAUGUUUUCAGUACUUGGGAUGAAGUUGAUCAAGUUGGAAUUGGGAGUGACGACGUAGUAGAAGUGUCACUAUGGAGUUACUCUAUUUGACUCUUCACCACCGUGUACUACACGUGGUGUAUUAAUACUAUUCUAUUCAAUUCAAUACCAUCUUUACCUUAAUUAUGUAGAGAGUUGUAACAUGUACUCCCAAGUCCUAAAUUGUACAUUUGUCUACAUAAAAAAAAAUAAUAAUAAAAUAAAAAUUGUAUGAGAGAAUAGAAAGGGCUGCGUAUGUAGAUUUUAAGAGUUCAAAGUAUUAUUUUUUAAUUAUGUAAGUAGAAAGAGAGUUGAGAAAUAUUCCAUAACAAUGUUACUAUAUUUGUUUA